AAACUAAACCAUGUUGUUCAUGUAUGUAGAUCAAGAUUGAAUUUUUCUUUGAACAUUUAACAGCUAGUUGUUCUUACAAUUAUGAGAUUGUCUGAAAUAGCUUUGGAACCGAUGAAGUUCAUCCAGCAACAAUGUUUGCAGAAUUGUGUCUUAAUGUCCACAAGUUAACUUCAGUUUCUCCGUGAUUUAAACCAAAAAGCAAAUGUAGUUUUCAGUCCUCACUUUGUUUAUUUAAUUCAUCUGAUGAAUGUGUAGUUUCAUGUGAUACUUAUCCAAGGUUUCAAACAACUUUUCAUUUUUGACAGCACAACUCUUUUUAUUUCCACGCUGUUAUUACAUCUGUUGUUCUUAUUUGUGACCCUGUUCAAUAACUGCUACAGCAUUGACAACUUUCAUUUCUCAUUUAAUAUUUUCAAAACCAUCUCUAUCACUCCACGGAGUGUUUUUGCAUCUUUUGAUGAAGCAAAGCCCACAUCACAUUGGUUGCUUCUAGGUAAAAUUAUUUCCAGUUGUAUGAAGAAGGCAGAAAUAUCAGAAAAACUGAAAUUAAUUUUUCAUUGCACUCUUCUAGAAUGACAUACCUUUUCUUGAGUCAUGUUUUAUGCUCCAUUGUAAACUAUUUCCUUGUGCCCCAUUCAAGGAACACUUAUUGCAUGAUUGUCAAACUUAAAAAAAAAUAUAUUUUCAGGAUCAAAAAGAAUUUAUUGACAAGCAAAUGUAGCUGGAAAACAUUCAACUUAUGUGCAUUGCAAAGUGUGAAACACACAAACUUCCUUUAGAUUGGAAAACUGGUGAUCGUGUAUUAGCAAAGUGGCAGGAUUGCAAGUUCUACCCAGCAAAAAUUGCCAAGUGCCUUAGUGAAGGUUCAUAUGAAGUUCACUUUUAUGAUGGAUUCAAGAAGGUGGUCCACAGAGUAAAUAUCAAACCAGAUAAUAGGAAGAUAAAUAUGAGUUCCAAUGACAAGCAAGAGCAUGAAAGGGAAAUUCAAGAAAGAAGAGAGAGACGGCAGCAAAUGGCAUCUGCUAGAGCUGAAAGAGCUCGUAAGAGGAGCUCAGAGACAAGCCCUACAACAGUCAUUCCAAUGAAGAGAAAGGAUUACAGGGGAAGAAAAGGAAAAAUGAUGCACGAGAAAGACGACUUUGGGACAGCAAGCGAGUCCAGUGUGUCAAGUCCAGCUGAGAUGCUUGAAGUUGAUGAGCAAACAGUGGAUUCUCAAAAACAGGACAAGAAAAAUAAAGAAAUUGAAGCUGAUGUGGAAUCAUUCAUCAAAAAUGAAGAGCUUUCAGAUAGUAAAGAAAAACAUGUUACUGUACAACAAGUGACAGAAAAAGAGGAUUCGUUGGAGAGUAAUUUUAACCAAUUAAUGAAGCAUAGAACACAUGCAGAGAAAAUACCAGAUCAGAAAACAUCCACAGGGGGUGGAAGAAGGAAGAAAAGAUUCAUGGAGAAAAGAACUGUGCACAAAAUAAGUGAUGAACUAAAAAAGAAACAGGAAGAGAAACAGAAGUCCAGUAAUGAAACUGGAAAUGACAACAGGAAGGUUUUCCUGGCUCUCAAGGAACAUUCUCCCAUAUCGACAGCAUCAUUACACUUAUCAAACACACAGGACACCUCAGAGAGUGAAAACAAAGGAGCUCCUGCUCUCGAUCCUUUGGCAAGUGAUCCUCAAGAUUAUCAUAAACCAAAGGAUAAACAAGAGGAUAGUUACAGGGAUGAUAUUAGAGACAGUUUGAGUUUUAAAGAUGAAAAUAUAGAAGGACAGUGGGUGGACUACGAGUCAAAAAAUACGGACAAGAAUGCUUCAGAAAACACUUCAAAUAUAGACGAUGAGAGUGUUGAACUUGAGCCUCAAAGUGAUCUCCCCCCAGAUGAAGAAAAUGAAUAUAGUUAUAGUAGAAAUAUUCAAGACUCCAACGUUGAGGUGCCCUUAGAGAAAAAUGAUUCUUCGCCUAUAUUUGGAACUCUGUCAAAAACAGAGACAAGUGCUUCAAUAGUGACUUCUAAACCAAGCAAUCCAACUUCUAAACUAAAAACUUCAAAAGGUCCCAAAAUUAAAAGAACACUUUCACGAGCUGAACGCCUGUCAAGAACGCGCAAGGCUAAAAGUGGCAUGUCAUUGAAAACAAGUUUAUCUUCAAAAGUUAGUCCUUCAACCAAACAACAAUUUACCCCAAGGGCUACCUCACCCCCCAAAGUAGAUGCCCAGGGGGCUAAUUUGCCCUCAAAGGGGGCUCCCCCAAAAACAAGCACUAAAACUACUGCUAAAAGUGAGAAAACUGUACAACGAAGAAGGAGUUUUAAGGGAAGUAGAUCAUCUUCAAUAAGUCCUAGAGGAUAUGGAUACUCAAUGGCAUUUAUGGAUAUUGAUAAACCUUUACUUCCUGAUGUAAAACCAGAGGAGAAGAAAGAGGUUCCUUCAACAGAAAAUGAAUUAACUAUUGUGACAAUACCUACAGAAAGUGUAGCAUGUACUCCAACCACUCCAACAAGCCCAACAGGGUUGACUGCAGCAACUGAAAAUCAAGCUGCUCCCAAAAAACAGACAUACCAGGCCAAGAAAUUUCGGUUGGACCAGAUCACUGGAAAGCUGUCAGCGCAACGGCAGAGUGAAGCCCAAGCUGCAGCUCAUUCACCUUCUGCUUUUCAACUUACAAAACAUCACUCACCACCACCUCCCUCUGCACUGAGCCCAUCACCUCCUCCCAAUCCACCACCCUACCCUCGAGAGGCAUAUCCACCUCCUCCUCCUCCUGGACCCCCUCCCCUUAUUUAUUCACCGAUGCCAGGGUCAUGUUGCCCCACUCCUCACCAUCAGCACCUGUAUGGACCACACCCAGGCCAUGGGAUGCACCUUCCCCCUGGUCACAUGCAUCCUCACCCUGAGUAUCCUCCUCCAUCGUCAGGGUACAUGCUGUAUGCGCAUGGAAUGCACUAUCCUCCGCAUGGACAUUGCAUUGGUCAGUGUUCUUGUCCUGCUGGUGUGCGACAACCUGUGUACCCUCCACUCCCUCGUGGGACACCUCCUCCGCCUCCUCCCACCCACGAGAGUGCACUAGCACAGCUGAUGCAAUGUGAACAGAGGAUUCUUCGUGGUGGACCAGGAAUACCUCAUUUUAGAGAACAAGCCCCUCCUGGAGCAUGGGUAGGUCUUAGACAUGGGCCCCCAACAUCGCAGACCUUCUUACCAGUGAGCCAUCACCAUGAAGACCUUUGGCAUGCACAUGAUGAUCGUGGUCUUCAAAUUCCCCCAAGUUCUCAAGCUCCUCCUAUUCCAGCCAGUAUAAGUCCUACCUCAGAGAGCUCUAAACAUCAAAACAGACGCUCCCGCAAAAGUGAAAGGCCCCUUCCAACCAAAUCAUUGCCAGCAUCAUCACCUUCAAGUGUAGAAGCUCCAUAUGUGCCAUCAGCUGAAAAUGCUUCCAGUGCUGAGCAGAGUGCUGUUCAAAGGGGUGGCGAGGGUGGGGAAAGUAUUGCCUCAAAACCUACCAUUUUAGAAGCUCAUUCCAGAGAGGUGUCCAAAGAUGGAACAGAGACAGAGAAAAGUGAUAAAACUUCAGUACCAACAAGUCAGUUAACACCUAUGUCAAAUCAGAAAGUACCCACCACAGCAACACCAACUAGUGCCACUGCUACGUCUGUGUUUCAGACAGCUGGAAUAUCAGGGGAGCCUCAGUCUCGGGAUUUGAGCCCAGAUGGUUUACAAGGUCUCCUUCCUGGCAGGAUGCGCAAGUCUAAAGAUCUGGCUCCUAAGGAAUUGAUCAUUGAGAUGGACCACAACAAAUACAAGUGUCAAAUACCUGGAUGUGACAAGUCAUUUCGUAAAGAAAGUGGCUUGGAAUAUCACAUCAAGUACUACCAUAAUCAAAAGGACAAAGCUGGAAUGAAAAGAAAAAAACCAGUCGCCGUCAGGUCUGACUCAACCCCUGACACUUCCCCAGAGUUUGGCAGUCAGCAUCGCCUACACAAGCGUCGCAUACACCGGUCAUCAGCCCCAGCCACACUUUCUUCAGCCAGCCCUCAGAUAACCAGUCCAAGCAGUGUGGUCCCUCCGGCAACUAUAAAACCAGAACCGCUGGAGCAGGAGUCAUCAGAUGUGGUUAUGUCCACCAGUAUGGACUCUGAACCUUGUGUCAGUCAGGAGCUAGACCUGGAGAUUGAGGGGGGUGGUGGGGAUACUGAGAAUAUUGACCCAGGGACGAUGGAGUGCAUGGAUGUGGAAGAAGAGGAGGAUAUUAAUGGAGAUGUGAUCAGGUGUUCGUGUAAUGAGUCAGAGGAAGGAGGUUUUAUGAUACAGUGUGAGCAGUGUCUAACAUGGCAGCACAGUGAGUGUGUGGGCCUCAGUGAACAAACUGUUCCGCCAAAUUACGUCUGUUAUGUGUGCGCAAAACCAAGAGGGUUAAGGAAAAGCGCAAAAUACAAGAACGAUUAUGAUUGGUUCAGACGAGGUACCCUGGCAUGCAUGCCUUUUUCAUUAAACCCAGAACCUGAAUACUCAGCAGAGUUGAACCUGGCCACUCACGGCCUGAUGAGUGACAUGCAUGAUGUGAACCGCUCCUUACGCAGUUUGAAGCUCAAAUUUGAGCUUCUCAGGAAACCGUCUCAUCCUGAUCUGAAAUGCUGGAAAAAACCGCAGAGGGGUUCAACAACAAACGUUGACCAAACAGAAUCGACAGAAAAAACUGUCAAGGAUAGCUGCCUUAAAAACCUUAGCGAGCAAGGACCAAAAACUGCUUACACCGAAAGUAAAAGCAGUCCUGUCGUAAAUGGUCACACAGAGCGUGGGGCUCUUUCUGAGAACGGGCUGCCAAAAGUGAAGGAAGAACGUCCCUCUACCCCACCCCUUCCUGAAGAAGGCCCUGGUGACACCAAUAACAAUAUACAAGAUAAAAGCGCGCCUGUGUUGAGCGCAGGGUCAGUUUUAAUGUCGACAGUUUCCAGUUCGUCAGGAACAGGGGAAGGGUCGGUGAGCGCAAGUAUUGAAUCGCGCCCUGAUAAAAGCGAAGGACAAUCCGAUGUGAUGAAGAAAGAGGAAGACCCACAGUCUCCCAUCCCAGCUUUAGUUCCUGCCGGUGGACAGACAGUGUUUAUGAAAAGCGCGUCGUCUGAGCUGGGGAAACCUGAAGAGAAAUCUGCCAGUAAAUCUGAAAUUGUUCAAUCUGCGGUUAAGCCCGGAAAUGGCACAGAAGGGACUGAGAAAUCAGUAGAAUUGAAACCUUCAGGAGGGUCAUCUAGGGGAGAUCACUCAGAGGUGAAGACAUCCCCCGGAGAGACAAACCCCCAAAUGGGAUCCGAAGCUCAGGUUAAACAGGAGAAUGAGUCAAGAAAUCCAGCCAGUGGAGGGGGGACUCGAGCGAGUGAGAUCAAAACAGAAAAUCAGGAAUCUGGACAGAGUCUGUCAGAUGAUGAGAGCGUGGGAGCCAUGAAUAACCUGCUGGAUGAUAUCACGCAGAUACAGGAUGGUCUGGAAGGACGUAUGGAUCAGAUUGAACAACAGUUAGCAGUUCUUGAAGAGGCUUAUGGUACACCCUCCCAGCCUGUGAGAAAAACAGAGUUCAGAAAACUUGUCAGGGAUCUCAAUCGCGUUAGGCGCCUUUUACAACAAGUCAGCUAGGGACAUCUCACAGCAAUGGCACCUGACGUAUAACAUCCGGGAUAUUCGUACCCGGCAAAUACCGCUGACGGACAGCAGGCAUCAUGACAGUUUUGUGUACGGCGCGUUUGAUCUUCAGGGUAGCCAUGUUGCUAAACAAGCUAUUUUUUGUGCGGCAAAUACGCAAUACUCGUGUAAGACUAUGAUUUAUUUUUACCGAGUUAAAUGGAAAGUAUGACUUAGAAGUAUAUUUUCCUGGCGUUCGUUUCUCGCGGGUUCGUGAGUGUAUUGCUAAACAGUGUAGUGUAUUGCGUGAGUGAGUGUAGAGAGUGUAAGCACAUUGACGUAUCGAUUAUCGGAAUCCACGUGUUUUUCUCAUGGGAUAAUUAGACUCAGAAAUUCUUCGAAGAUUUGCGGAGAACACCUCUUGUCGCUUCAAAUCUAGUGGCAGUUGUAGAGACACGUGUAGCCUUGUGACCCUAAUUUGCGUGUUAAAUAGUUAAACGAUUUUAAAUGACUAAUUAUCUGAUUUGUUUUUGUGGCUUGUAAAGUGAUAACGAGUUUCCUGUCUUCGAUAAACUUUCUCUUUCAUUCAUUCUUAAUGCAAUUACUACACUUUCUGUUCGGUAUUUUGUGACCGUGGAUUUUGAAACCUGUGAAAAUCAAGUAGGAGUUGACGGUUGUGACAAAGAAAAUUUACAAAUUUACCAAUGGAUAGGGGCAAAUGGACACAGAUCUUUGUAAAAAAAAGAUGUCAAAUAUGUAAAUAAAAAGAUACUUGAAAACUGUA